AUGUCUCGGCCCAACAUACCGCCAUCCAAUCCGCACGCCAAUCACAAUGAUGCGAACCCGAACCACCCCAAAAGCAAGCUCACCGCUUGGCUCGAUUGCGUGUACGUUGCCACAAAAGCUAACUAUCCAUUUUACGCUGCUCUGGACCUUUUGAGGAAGGACCUUGGCAAGUUCCGUCGAGUGGCGGAGAUCAAUGGGACUGAGCUCUUGAUGAUUCAUACUUUCAACCCAACUUCCAUAUUCGCCUGA